CAAGCUCGUCGAUGCUCUAGUUGGAUGCGACCGCAAGAUACAGCGCCUCUCCAGCAAGCUGAAGGGCCAUGGCUGUCAAGGACCUAGUCGACCGCUACGAGUCCUCACUGUCAGCAUCCAGUCCAGUUCCUGGCCCCAGUCGUCCUACAAGCUCCCAGUCGAUUCCACGAUCCUCGAGUCGUUCCAAAGUUGAGAAAGAUGACAGCAUACCUCACACGAUUCUACCACCACCACAUCCCCUGAUGAAGAAGACUAUUACGACUCCUCAUGACCCCUCACGACAGCUCACAAUUGACAUUGCUGACCAAGGCAGGAGCAACAAGAACAUUCCCAAAAGUACUCAUGAAGACAGAAGUUCGCUCUCUGGUAUAGGCAAACAGUUCGAGCCUCCAUCCCCCAGCUAUAAAUCGGACCAAUACCCACUCAUGGAUUCCGAUUCAGACACCCUUGUAUCCGCACCUUCAUCCAAGGAGAAAUCUUCACUAAUCCAGCGCCAUAACGCGAAACAAGUCGCAGUACCUCACACGCCCAUCGCCGCUACUGCUUUGUUUGCUCGAAAGGCAGCCCCGCUACAUCUCCCCAGGCUUGACAAAUAUCUUUCUUCACUUCCACCGCCAGAUUUCCUCCAGGAUGAUUCCAAGUGGGACAAGACUUCCAUGUUUCCCCCCAUGGACCGUCUUUCUCUUACUGGAAUGUCCUUGGACGACUUGGAGACUAAUUCCAAGGUUCCUGCUUCAUGGAGAGAAAGAAAGACGAUAUUUGGAUCAGCGGUUGGGAUAGUGUUGGGUGUCACGGGUUCGAGUGCACUCGCUACGUAUUACAGUCUUCAGGGCCUGACGAACACCGUACAAAUAUUCGCCUUGAUCUUGAACACGAUCGUGCCAGUGAAGGGGAGCGAGGUUUUGAGCGAAUGGAGACAGCUGUUUCUUGGCACCAUUCCAAAUAUUAUUGCCCUCAACUUUGCAUCUACGCUAAUUCAAUCAUUGGUGUACCUCAUCAUCUUCUUCGCCAUCUCCUCAGGCCUCCUUUACUAUUUCUUUCGCUCUGCCCUCGGAUGUGAUCGUUACACGUGUAUCGAGGGUUUACAGCAAACGGUACAAGAAGGGAAAAGAUGGGCACUACUUGUCGUGACCUUUAUUUUAACCGUGGUCUAUCUUCCUCUCAGCACGAUGGCAGUUCACGUUCUCGUUUGGUCGGAGGAUCUUUGGGCCGUAGCCAAUCCAUAUACGAACGCGACCUCUUUCCCGUCCGUUGUCGCUUCUUUAGGGCCAGCAGAUGAAUAUCGCGAUCCCUUGGAUUUCUGUUGGACAACAACAAUGAAGAAGAACGAGAUUAACUUUGCACCAGUAGUUGUCGUGCUUGCGGCCAUAGUGGUACUCUCACUGACGAUCUGGUUUCCAAUCGCGCUUCGUAGUGUCAUCAAGCACUCUGUCCCCAAAGUCGAUCGAUAUACCGGCUUGGGUAGACUGAGAAAUAGCGUAGACCUUGAUGGAGAGUACCAUCGAUUACUAUCUCGGGAUCAAAACCCAUUUGCGUUUCUUUAUAGUGGCUAUCGUCAUGGUUGGGGAACUUACCAGUCCACUUACCUCUUUGCCAAAUUUAGCACGCUUGUCAUCAUCGCGGUCAUUGAUCCUAACAACUGCUUGUUUCGAUCCUUUUCUCGUUCUACCAUCCCCAUAGUUCGACAAGUAUUGCUUCUAAUUUCCACCAUCGGAUUCUUCUUGGCUCAAUGCAUCUUUGCGCCAUUUCUUGACCCGGUCAAUAAUGCCAGCGAAUGGACAUCUAGGCUGAAUUAUGUGGCCACAGCGACUAUUGCUUUGUUGGUCGUUCUUGACAUUCCUGGGCAGAAUAUUUACAAUGUAUAUCUGCUUUAUAUAAUUUAUAUCAUCACUUAUGGCUUGAGCAUAUAUUUUACUACCAUUAAUCUGGGUCCUGUACGUCGGAUGAUCAAAAGGCUCGCGCGCAGGAUAGAUUUCAGCAUUGAUAUAUUUUCUCCCCGACUGGAUCUUUCCCCCCUCUCUCCCCACACCAAGCGACGCAUAUGGCAAGAGUCAAUCACAGCACUAUUAUUAACAAGUCCCGAGUGUAGGAUCCCCACGAAGCAGCGCAUGGUAUACGCUCAGGCUCGAGACUCUGAAUUCCCGCCAUAUCUUCUGAAUUUCUACGGAACGCCUGCUGAAAGACACGCAGAGAAUCUCAAGAUUUUACGCGAAAUUGGCUCGCACAAGUAUAAUAAGGCGUCCGCACUGUUAUCUGGACCAGAUUACGAGUGGUUUAGGAGGCUGGAGUCCCAGAUACAGAAACACUUCAUCGGCCCUGAUUGUUAUUGGAAAAGCCCAUCUGAAAGUAAGCCAGAAGCAGUUGGAUGUGCUAACUUCUUCGGCAAUGCUUGGUGGAUACCCUUUCCUCCUAUCCUAGUGCUCCGCUACGACAGCGGUUCUUACGCUGUUUUACAAGAAGUAGCCGAGCUUGAAGCCUAUAUAUCCCAGAAUUCUUCGCAUAGCAUUCGCAGACGACGCCAUGUACGACUGUCGCUCAGAGCACUUGACGGGCAGGUGGUGAAGUGGCCGUACGAGCAUAUAACGCCCAUAGGCUCGCAGUCUCCUUUAUCUUGGGGUCGGAGAAGAUACACCACGCAGUCCUCAACCCAUUACGAUUAUUGCGUUCUGCGAAUCAAGCACCGUGGCCAUCUAGCCUGGCAGGGCCUCCAGCUAGGGAGUGGUUUUGAUAUUCGACUCGUCUAUUCAAAGAAGCUGGAUCUUGAUGGCAGCGUCAUUGGUUUAGAUGACGAUUUCGACCUCACAUCGCCGCUUGCCCGCUUUUUCAUGUUGAACAGUCAGCUUAUCUCUUCGAGACUAGCAUACAUCGAAAGUACGUUAGCCAGUUAUAGACGGCACCACAGAAGAGAGUGUCACCGGAAAUCGGAGACACUGACGUAUCGCUUUUUGUCCCACGUAUACGACCAUCCGCGCGAGCCUUCGGGCCUUACGGCCAGUUCUAUAGAACUGGAGAAGGAUCAACGAGUGCGAGUGUUGAUGUCCGGAAGCGAAGAAGUGUUCUCAGCAGCUUACACUCGAUUUUCGGCGGUAUCUGUUAAUGAGACGAGUACUUGGUGGUAUAUAUUCUGGGACGAUCUCUGGCGACGGAAUCACGACACUAUAUCAGGAUUAGAACUCCAUGCGGCCGACUUCAAUCCAUCUUACCCAACAUCUAUUGCCUAUACCCCUCUCCCUCGAGCAGCACUGGAGACAUUUCUCAAUCAGCGAGGUCUUUUAUCGAAGUCGCCGCGAUGGGGCGACUUUUUCCACUCUGGCUUCUUGAACAAACUAUAUCUGCGUCUGAAUGAGACAGUGUUUCGUGGAUCCAGUAGAGCUAUUUUAUUCCACAUUGGACAGGACCACUCGGAAUUAGAUAUGGAAGAUGUAGAUCUUGACACUUUAGUUCAACCUUCAACGUUAGGCACUGGAGGGGGGACAGAUCACGACAAUUCCUCUAUUAGGGCUAGGCCUGCGUACAGGUGGGAAGGCUUGCUUAGCGAUCCUGUGCUCAGUGGGUGCAGAAGGAGGAAUUUCCUUGCCAAGCUUGGUGCGUGGAUGGGCGUAACUCCACUUUGGAGAUCGGGGGUACCGUCGCCGGGCCUUUCGCUCGACGUUCGGAUGGAGAAUGGACGAUACGUACUGCUCGAUGAUGGUUCCAGCUUUGGAAGCAGCCACGUCGAUGGUAUGAAGCUUGAUAACUUAUGAUAAUGACUGGACGACAUAUAAUGAGGAUUGUAUCAUAGCAGUUUAAUCACAUCAAUACGAAGACACCGUGAAACCACCAGGUACGCCUAGCGAGAGUCAGAACCACGAGCCUACCACACACAAAGGAGCAAACAACGCACAUUCACAAUCCACCAAGCACUAGUGACAUACGUUCCAGCAGAGGCAAUCAACAGUCCGAACUGAUACAUCUCCCCCUCCUCCACCAGCUUCU